CCCCCAUCACAUGGAUGGUUGUCUAUUAACUUGUUUCAAAAAAGUAUCAGGGCUUGUCAAAGCGCAGGCAUGGGAAGGACUCUGCUGGCUGUCUGAGAGCUAGAGCAACCAGGGAAGGGAAAACACACUGCGAGUCCACCAGAUUGGGAGCUGCAUCCACACAGCCUGAGCCAGGUGACAGAGAGACACCAACCACCAUCACCACCUCCAGCACCAUCACCAGCACAGCUACAGCCACCACCUGCUCCAGCAGCUCUCCUCCUGCUUGGUUUUCUGGCUGGCAGAGAGCCUCCACCAAGGCUGCCUGAAUGUACAACAUGAUGGAAACCGAGCUCAAGCCCCCCGCCCCCCAGCAGACCUCAGGGGGGACAGGCAACUCCAACUCCUCCGCCAACAACCAGAAGAACAGCCCGGACCGAGUCAAGAGACCCAUGAACGCCUUCAUGGUGUGGUCCAGGGGGCAGCGGAGGAAGAUGGCCCAGGAGAACCCCAAGAUGCACAACUCUGAGAUCAGCAAGAGACUGGGGGCCGAGUGGAAGCUGCUGUCCGAGUCCGAGAAGAGACCCUUCAUCGACGAGGCCAAGAGGCUGCGAGCCCUGCACAUGAAGGAGCACCCGGAUUAUAAGUACAGGCCGAGGAGGAAAACCAAAACCCUGAUGAAGAAGGAUAAGUACACCCUGCCCGGGGGCCUGCUGGCUCCUGGGGGCAACAGCAUGAGUUCUGGGGUAGGAGUGGGGGGCAGCCUGGGAGCCGGGGUCAACCAGAGGAUGGACAGCUAUGCCCACAUGAACGGCUGGACCAACGGGGGGUAUGGCAUGAUGCAGGAGCAGCUGGGCUACCCGCAACACCCGGGCCUCAACGCGCACAACGCGGCGCAAAUGCAGCCCAUGCACCGCUAUGAUGUCAGCGCCCUCCAGUACAACUCCAUGACCAGCUCCCAGACCUACAUGAACGGCUCGCCCACCUACAGCAUGUCCUACUCCCAGCAAGGGGGCCCGGGAAUGACUCUGGGUUCCAUGGGAUCCGUGGUAAAGUCUGAGUCCAGCUCCAGUCCUCCUGUGGUCACCUCUUCUUCCCACUCCAGGGCUCCAUGUCAGGCUGGGGACCUGCGGGACAUGAUUAGCAUGUACUUACCUGGGGCAGAAGUGCCAGAACCCUCUGCCCAAAGCAGACUUCACAUGUCUCAGCAUUAUCAGAGUGCAUCUGUACCAGGAACAGCAAUCAAUGGCACCCUCCCUCUAUCACACAUGUGAGACAAACAAAACAUUUCAAAAACAGAAACUUUUAGAGUUUGGACUUUUUUUCCUUUUUUUUUUUCGGACUAUUUUUGUACAGAGGUAACAAAAAAAACCAACAAAAAGCAACAAAAAAACAUUCUGGGGAGGGUAAAGACUUGUAUAGAACCAGAGUAAGUAAAAUGAUACACACUCAAAAAAAAAUAAGGACAUUAAGAGUUCUAGGUAGAAUCUUUUGCAGAAGGUUUGCGGAAACAUAUAACAAUAAUAUUUAGAGCUAGUCUCAAAGUGAAGAAAAUAAA